UUCGAGUUUUCAGUUGGUGAAUGUGACUGGUCACGACUGGUCGUAUUUUCUAGAAGUUUUGAGUGUUUUCGUCUAAUAACCAAGUUACAAGACACGUGUAUAUAUAUAUAGUCGCAUGUUUAUGUACAUCUAAACAAGUAAUGUUGGAACAACCUUGCUGUGAGGAGACAACAAUUUGAACUGUGAAGUUUGAUGGGUGCAGUGCAUACGCGAAAAAAAGAUAACAAUAUGAACAGCAACAGCAAAGAUUCAAACAGCCCAUCCUCAGGCGAGAAUGCAAGCAGUAGAAGGCCACUUUCCAUAGAAGGUCCGCGUUACGAAAAUGACGCCGACAGACAAUCCCUCCAACUUAUGCCUAAUCAACCAAGGCAACCUACUAAUUUACCAGGAUUGCUCAGGUUUGCUAUGGAAGCUGCUCAACCUGAAGGGGUGCCUCAUUCUUCGCACGUUCAACCAAUUGACGAAGAGAGGAAACAAUUUCUGACUCAAGCUCUGAACUCUAUGACGGUAAACAUAAUAGAAGAGCUUCAAAAAGCAGUGAAAGUAUUAUCAAAUGUGGUGGAUUUGGCUCCCCAUGAUGAUCCUUCAGAGCAUGAAUUAGCUCUCGAAAGGAUAGCCGAUUCUGUUGACAACAUGGACAUUGCAAAUGAUUUUUACAAAAUCGGUGGUUUUGCUAUAUUCGGACCUUGUUUGAAUUCGCCGCACAGCAGUAUAAGGUGGAAAGCUGCAGACAUCAUUGCUGAGCUAACCCAAAAUAAUCCUUUCUGUCAGGAGAGAAUAUUGGAGAUGGGAUUGAUGCCUAUUCUCUUGAGUAUGGUGGACACUGAUGAUUCGGAACAAGCAAGGAUCAAAGCCUUGUAUGCAGUUUCCUGUAUCGUUCGAGGUCACCCACUUUCUCUUCGAUACAUGGAUAUCAACGAUGGAUAUUCUAUUUUAUUUAGAGCAAUACAGAGUCCGGUAGAAAAAUUGCAAGUUAAAUCAGCGUUUUUGCUUUGUGCUCUUUGCAAUCGAGAUAAUGCUGGCAGUCUGAGGGAAACUCUCGUAAGAAUGGGCUUGAUAGAACAGGUAGCAGGACUUUUGACAAGCGGAAGUCUCUUACCAGACACAAGAGAGCAAAUGCUGGGAAUAUUAAAGGGUUUGACGAACGACAAUUAUUUGGCAGCUCUGCGCGAAUGUCGUCGACCCGAGCUGUGUUUAAAAUUGACCCUUGAACGUCAUUAUCGAGAAACGAAGGCCGAGGAAAGCAUCGAUGAAGCUGAAACGUGUCGUUGUUUACUCGAUCGACUAUUUUCCGAUCGUGAUAUGGGGCAAGAAAGAUAGUUGUUUCUCAUUAACUUCCGAUGAAUCGAAAUUACAAAUAAUUUAUGUGAUUGAUUAAUUAUGCUUCUAAUAUUUAAAUAAUCGAAGAAACACCGUGUAACAAAAUCUAUCGAAUAUCACGUAUUUUCAUCAACUUAUUCCAACGUAGAAAUUCGAAACUACGUGAUGCAAGUACAAAUAGAUUAUUCGAAGUUCUUUCUAUUUCAAGAUUUAUGUGAAUCAAAAAUUAAAAACAAAAUAACAAUGCCUGACGAAACUAACAGAUCAUUAGAGUGAAAUUUCCCUCAUGAAAGUUUGCUUCAAAGUUUUCGGCGAUAAACUUUGAAAAAAUCGAGGACACGUGAGUCUUUUUUUGACUAUUCAUACAACUUAAAUUACUUCCAAAAAGCGAAUUCUCGGAAUUUUUCGAAUGGCACUAUUGGGGCUGGGAGCUUCAAUUUUGUUGAGAUCAUUUAUCUUCGAACUUCAAUACCACCGAGCAAAGAGUACAAAACUCACGAAGCUAAUUGUAUAUAAAUAAAAUCAAUAAAAUGUACAUUCAUUCGCUUCGAAAUAAAAAAAUUGCUUUUUUGCGUUUACGUCA